AUGACCUCAGAAUACCUUCAGGAGAAGGGCAUUGCUCGUUUGCAGGAUUGCCCCUCUUUAUGCAGCACCAGAUCCUCAAUCAUAUCGCAGAGUUCAGGCAAUAUCCAAUUGCUCCAGGAGUCUGUCCACAACGCCGCACAGGAGCGUGCCGAUCAAGCUUCACCGCUUGCGAGCUCUCCGCGUCAAUCUUCGCCAAUUAGAUCGCCUCUCAAGGUUGAAAAUACCACUUCAAUAGCAGGGAAACAGACCUUGAAAACGGUCAUAUCGUCUGAAAGCUCCGCCAAUAUUCCCCUCAGCGAAUCCGACGACUCGCUAAGUGUGAGGACUAAAGAUAGUAUCGAGGACUUGUCGUCGAAAGUUCCGCGAUCUCCAAAGUCGCAGAGAUCACCUGGCCGGCGCGAGAAGAUCACGGAUGGCGGACAAACAAAGAAAAACGCUGAAAUUCCACCAUCGCCGACUCCGUCGACGAGAUCACCUCGUCAACGCCUGAGAAAGAAGCUCACGGUCAAUAUCAAUGGGGCAAAUUUGGAUGUCGACAGAAAACGACGACCGUUGAGUCCCUUCAACAGUGGCGGGAUGCUUAGGAAAGCUCGUGCGCCUCAAACAGCACCAGCCUCAGUCACAGAGUUUGGGCCAACAGUUGAAGAAGUAGACAGACUUAAACUCCAGGAGAGUCAGCCAGAAACGGAGGCGAAAAGUGAGAGAUGCGGUUUCAGAACAACAGCCGAAGAGCGGGGAGGAAAGAGACUGAUGAGAUUUCUAGGGAGGAGGAUUGCAAGCGAGACGAAUGCUUGA